AUGUUAAAAACACAAAUCGGAAGCGCCUCCUACAUGUCGCAUCUAUCCGAAAACGGGUCCGAUACGGAAUUUGUCGACGGCCCAACAUCGACCUCCGGCGAUUCCGUCAAUUACAUCACCUUUAACCAGGAUGCCACAUGUGUGGCUUUGGGUGUGAAUAAUGGCUACAGAAUAUACUCCUGUAAGCCCGAAAUUAGCAAGCGGUUUUAUCUGGAUCGUGCCGAGGCUGUAGGAAUUGUAGAAAUGUUAUAUACGACCUCGCUUUUGGCAGUGGUGGCCUUGGGAGACGAGCCAGGCUCGCUGCCCCGCAAAUUGAAGAUUAUAAAUACCCGCCGUUCGGCCACCAUAUGUGACUUGAUUUUCCCCUCCACAAUCCUCCUGGUGAGGCUUGGAGUGCGCCGCAUGGUGGUGUUGUUGGAGCUGCAGAUCUACAUCUACGACGUGGCGACCAUGACGCUACUUCAUACCAUUGAGACAUCUCCCAACGUCAACAGAUUGUGUGCGCUUAGCAACAAUACCGAUGAGGAUGGGGCUAGUCUUUUAGCAUAUCCGUCGCCGCCGAAAACGGUCACUCACGAGUCGCUCUUGGUGAACGGAAUCAAUACCAAUGGUGGGCUGAACCUGGCACAAAAUAACAUCCUGUCUGUGAGCAAUGCUCCCAAUCGCGUUGGCGAUGCCAUUAUCUUCGAUCUCAUCUCGCUUCAGCCGCUUGCGGUCAUCGAAGCUCAUAAGGCUGCCUUGUCAGCCAUGUGCUUGUCCAACGAUGGCACUCUUCUUGCGACAGCCUCAGACAAGGGCACAAUUGUGCGUGUCUUCAAUGUACAAACUGGAGUGAAGCUCUAUCAAUUCCGUCGUGGAACAUAUCCAACCAAGAUCUAUUCGUUGAUCAUUAGUCUGGAUAAUAGAUAUGUGGUGGCCACUAGUUCCAGUGGAACUGUGCACAUCUUUCGCUUGGGCGAGGAGGAGCUUCUCGCCAACAAGCAGCGCCAAAAGAGAGAGGCCAAGGAAGAAAAACCUCGGAGCUAUGAAACCAUUGUCGAGGAGACUGAUAAGGCUGUGGCCGAAAGCAUAAAUGAAGAGAUAGACAACGACGAUGAUGACAUGGCUGAUGACGGUGACGACAGUGAUAAUGACAAUGAUGGCGAUGGCGAUGGUGACAGUGACGACGGCAGUAGCAAUGUCCCUAUGAAGCAACGUAAAUUAUCUCAAAGCUCCGUGGCCUCCAAUAACAGCGCUGCCUCCGGAAUGUCUGGUAUCAGCAACUCAGACGAGCUUCGGGAGCGCACAGAACCUAUAGUUGAUCAAACGAGAUUAUCGGUGGCCCGAAUCAUACGCCGAUCUUCACAAACUUUAGGCCGUAAGGCUGCGCAGAGGAUGGGGGAUCUCUUACCCUCUCGAUUUUCCUCAAUUUUGGAGCCAACACGCCAUUUCGCUUCAUUGAAAAUACAGAGCGUGGGCAAAGACGUCAAAUCAAUUGCAAUGCUUGACAUUGAACUUCGCACAGAGCAUGUAUCGUUGGCCCAUUUGGCCACCAAAGACUCGCAGGACUCAGGACUCAGGCCAGUCACGUCUUCGGGAUCUUCCACUUCUUCAAAAGAUAACCUCCCAUUAAAUUUGCUCCAUAUCAACGUGGUCACUUCUGAGGGCUACUUCUAUACAUACGGGUUAGACCCAGAGAGGGGAGGCGAUUGCAUUCUACUUCAUCAAUACUCGCUUCUCGACGAUUAA